GCGAUUGUUCGUCGCUGUGUUGUCACACGAGAUGUGGAAAACACUUCCAGUCCUAGCUCUUGGGCCAUGGGCGACCAUGGCUGCAGAUGCUGGCACUGCCACGCUGAUCGAUGACAGGACAUGCACAGAAGAGUUCGAGACUUUCAUCAGUAAGUUUGGCAAAGAAUAUGAGACUGCGGAAGAAAAGGAGAAGCGAAUGCAAAUCUUCUGCGCGAAUCUUGAGUGGAUUCGGCAGAGAAACAGCGAGGGUCACAACUACACGGUGGGCAUCACACCCUUCGCCGACCUCAGCAGAACGGAGUUCAGCUCCAAAUAUGGUUUGAAGAAGACCAACUCGACCAACAUCUCGAGCAUUUGGGGAGGCCUCCCGCUCCAGACAGAGGAUCCUCUGCAGACCACCAGCAACCAACUCCUGCGCGGCAUUUUAGGUGUCCCUGACAGCGUGGAUUGGCGCAGUAAGGGAGCUGUCUCUGUGGUUCAGCAGCAAGGGCACUGCGGCGCCUGCUGGAGCUUCGCGGCCAAUGGUGCGGUGGAGGGCGCCUGGAAGGUCUACGGUGGAAGCCUCUACACGCUGUCAGAACAGCAACUGGUGGACUGUGCUACAGCGGACUAUGGAAACGAUGGUUGCCAUGGUGGAAAUCCAGCUAAUGCGUUUAUUUAUGCCCGGGACCACGGGCUGUGUACUGCCCGAUCCUACACCUAUCAGGCUGCACAAGGAAGCUGUCGAGCAAGUCAGUGUAAUAUGGUGAUUCCCGUGGGUGGCGUGCGUGGACCUUUGCCUGUAAAGGCAGAUAGUGAGGACGCCAUGAUGAAAGCCGUGGCGCAGCAGCCGGUGGCAGUUGCCAUUGAUGGCGAUGACAUGGUGUUUCAGCUCUACACCGGCGGAAUCAUCUCCAAGGAAUGCGGCAGCAAGUUGGAUCACGGCGUUCUCUUGGUGGGCUAUGGCCAGAGCGGAGGUCAAGCCUAUUGGAUCAUCAAGAACUCCUGGGGCCUUCAAUGGGGAGAAGACGGCUUUGGGCGCCUGGCUCGUGGUGUGGGAGGAGAAGGAGAAUGCGGAAUCCUGUCGCAAGCAUCUUACCCUGUACUUGACAAGGGCAAGGUGAAGCCUGGAACCUUUGAUCCGGCUCCCGGAACCGUGGCUGCGCUGUUCUUGGCGGUCAUGGCCUGCUGCUGCAUCACAGGCUUCCUCUAUCUGAACUUCUGCCGUCGCCGCGCGCCGCGUGGCCGUGCGCUACUGUCCUUUGCGGCGGCUCCAGCGGCUCCUGCCCCCACCGCUGCGAGGGCGGUGGUGAAUCCAUGGGCCAGCCAAGCCGUCACCCCAGCUUCCGCGGCGCCAGCGGCACCCGCCGCGCCAGCGGCCCCGGCCCCAGCGGCCCCAGCGGCAGCGCCGUCGCAGGGAAACAGCCGCACCGGCAAUUCGGCGCAGAGCCGUUUGCUGCAGGACAAGUGAGGCGAAGUUAGCGUUAGCCCUCCGGCUGGAUCCACGCAGGGCGGCAGUCCUGUCCUGUUUUCGACGGGCUGUGUGCUUGGUACAGCCCGGACGAGAAGGAAACCACGCUCUUGGCGAACCCUUCAUGUUCGGGAAUGAUCACCAUCUCCUUGAUGCAGCGCCCCAAAAAUUCCGGUCGGAUCUUUUGCACAGCAUCGGUGCCCGAGCGCCAAAA